ACCUUGUGUCUGACCAUGAAGUCUAACCUGUCGCCAGUCGCCAAAGCGCCCGUCAUCUCUACCAACACUGCGGCUCUGUUGUCGGUGCGUUUCAAGAUGCUGUCCCCCCACCCCCCACCGUAUACUCCUCGUCCUAUCGUUCGCCACACCUUGCAACAUAUCAAACCCCAUACUAAUAAUACCCGUGCCCGCAGACUGCCUAUGUACUGAUCUACGUGGUGCCGUUCUACUUGUCGUCUGCGACGCGACCCUCGCCCACUCUCACACGAGAUGCACCCUCUGCGAUACGUGCGAGGACAAACUCAGUAAAACUCUCGACCCUGGUGUGCUUCGCUCUUACCGCUUUCGUGUUGCAUCGGCAUGAUGUAUCGGUCCAAGAGAUGCUCAACCUGCUCGGCUUCUGGCCGAUCUCCCCUCUCGAUACAGCACGAACGAUGCUCCUCGUGACUAUCCUCUUUGCAGGGCCCAUCUUCGAGCAAGGGAUCGUGGAUGGAGCCAUCAAGGAUUGGGUGAAGUUGAAGGGAGUUCACGAGACACUGAGUAGCUGGAUUGGCUAUAGAGCCUUCAUCGUCGUAUGUCACUACUAACAUGCAGACAUGCGUUGGUGCUGACCACCAUAGGGCCCCGUCAGUGAAGAGCUUGUCUGGCGCUCUUUCAUGAUUCCGCUCCACGUGCUGGCCCAUUUCUCCG